UCCUGGGUACUAGAGGUCGCGUUCUUCCGCUGCUCUUUUUCGUUCUGUUGGCCAGAGGGUUCCGUUAGCCCGGCUGCGUUUGUCCGUGCUGCAGUCUCUCAUCUGGGUUUCAAUAAAGUUUUUUUCUUCCUUCCCUUGUACGGAGCUCAAGAUGGCGGCCUCCUGGUCGCCCUUGGUUACCCUGCGCUUAGUACAGAGCCGGCUGAGAGGGAGAUGUGUUGGGUGCGGGGCCAAGGCCGCUGCUCUCGCCCCUCCGGCCACCGUCCUUGGAAACCCCAUUUGGAAAGCCUACACAGUUCAGACACCUGAGAGUAUGUCUCCACCUGUGGCUACAGAGGCUUAUUCAAAAGCUUUGGCUGUUUGCCGUGGACCACUGGACCAUUAUGACUUUCUGAUCAAAGCUCAUGAGCUAAGGGACGAUGAACAUCAAAGAAGAGUCGUACAGUGUUUGCAGAAGUUACACGAGGACCUUAAAGGAUACAGUAUAGAGGCAGAGGGCCUUUUAUCAAAGCUUUUUUCAAGGAGAAAACCUCCAAGGGGCCUGUAUGUUUAUGGAGAUGUUGGGACAGGGAAAACAAUGGUGAUGGACAUGUUUUAUGCUUAUGUGGAAAUGAAGAGGAAAAAACGGGUUCAUUUUCAUGGUUUCAUGCUAGAUGUUCAUGAAAGAAUACACCGCCUUAAACAGAGUUUGCCAAAAAGGAAAGCAGGGUUCAUGGCUAAAUCAUAUGAUCCAAUAGCUCCGAUAGCCGAAGAAAUCAGCGAAGAAGCGUGUCUCUUAUGUUUUGAUGAAUUUCAGGUCACUGACAUUGCUGAUGCCAUGAUUCUGAAACAGCUUUUUGAAAAUCUGUUCAAAAACGGGGUCGUCGUUGUGGCAACAUCCAACAGACCACCGGAAGAUCUUUAUAAAAAUGGACUCCAAAGAGCUAACUUUGUACCAUUCAUAGCUGUCCUGAAGGAAUACUGUAGUACGAUCCAACUCGAUUCUGGGGUGGAUUACCGGAGAACGGGGCUUCCUGCUGCAGGAAGACUCUACUACCUCACAAGUGAAGCUGAUGUGGAGGCUGUCAUGGAUAAGUUGUUUGAUGAGCUGGCUCAGAAACAAAAUGAUUUAACUAGACCAAGGAUUCUAAAAGUGCAAGGCAGAGAGCUACGGCUGAAUAAAGCCUGUGGAACCGUUGCCGACUGCACAUUUGAAGAGCUGUGUGAGAGACCACUUGGAGCCAGUGACUAUUUGGAACUAUCAAAGAAUUUUGACACGGUAUUUUUACGAAACAUUCCACAAUUUACGCUGGCAAAGAGGACUCCAGCUCGAAGAUUCAUAACACUCAUUGAUAACUUUUAUGAUUUCAAGGUGCGCAUAAUUUGCUCUGCGUCGACUCCUAUAUCAAGCUUAUUUCUGCAUCAACAUCAUGACAGUGAGUUGGAGCACAGCAGAAUACUGAUGGAUGAUUUGGGGCUGAGCCAGGAGUCCGUGGAAGGACUCUCCAUGUUCACCGGAGAAGAGGAAAUCUUUGCAUUUCAGCGCACAAUUUCCCGACUCACAGAAAUGCAGACGGAACAGUACUGGAACGAAGGGGACAGAAACAAGAAGUAACCGUCACUUUCGCCUGAGGAAAACUCUGGACAAGUGAUUACUGCGGGAGAACUCUUUAUUAUGAGACUUGAAGGAAUCAUUUUCUCAUCAUUAAUUAUGCACUUUGUCCUCUGGACCAUUUUUAUUUAAAAUUGCUUUCAAAGAUCUAGUGGAUUAGUAAGUUAAAGCCCUUUUUAUAGGUCUAAUUUUUGCCAUUUAUUUGGCCUAUUUCUGUACCACAAAAUUAAAAUCUGCACCUCUGAAGAUUAACGUAGGACCAGACAUUUUGGCUUCAUGUCAAGCCAUCUGAAUGAACCUUGAAUACACACACACACACACACACACACGGUAAAUGCAGGGUGUCUGGAUGUCUCUGAGCUUUGGUUACCUGGUAGCCAAACGAUAGAAACACAUCUUUUAUGAGGGGUUGGGGGAACCCUCAUUUCAAUUCAAAGCAAAGAAAGCUUUCUGAUCUUAUUAUAAACAAAAGAGAAUAACAUUUUAGAAUAUGGGCUCGUAACAUGGAUUUUGGGGGGCUACAAAUUAUACUAAAUCUCCCCGACCUUCAGGUUUCCUCAUAACAGAGAGUGUUUUUUACCCUGACAUCAAGCUUGGCAGGCAGGACCUGAUCUCCAGCGGCCACAGAGUUGCCUGAAAAACUCGAAGAUUAUGACACCAUAGAAAAAGGAGCAAGGGUGUUAAAUGCCAACCGACAGGCAGAUCCCCCAACCCUGACAGCCAGUAGGAGGAUGGAUCCAGGAAUGGGGAGCAGUGGGAGUGUCAGGAGGGGCAGAGUCCUGGACACGGCAUGCAGCAGAGCGCACUCCUGCUCGUCGGAGGCCAGCAGGACCCCAGUGGCCCGCAGGCUCCUUCCCACCACUCAUACGUGUUUGCUGUAGCUUCAGACUGCCUCUCUCCAUCUUUGCUGCUGCGUCUGUGGUGAGACGGACCUCACAGUAAACAGGAAAGUACCCUCGAUGAACCUGCUUAUGUAAAAUCCGACCUGUCCUCGCUGAGGGCAUUCCGUGAUUCAUCCAAGUACAACCUGACUUUGCUAACUGUUGUCACACAAGGGGUCUGGGUUGAGGCUGUUACGAGAGUCCAAAUCCCUCUUCAAGGAAAAAAGAGAAAAGAAAAAAAUGUGAAAUCCACGAAGUCGUGUAAAAAUCAGAUAUUUUUGGGGGGUAAGCACAGGUGAGUCAGUUCAAAUAAAUGAUGACGAUUGUC